AGUCCGAGCUGAUCAAGAAUUCCGGCUCUCUGUGUCCACACUGCUCCCUGUGGCCUCUCCCCUCCAUGGCCCUCCUGGCUCUCACCCUGGCACUGCUGGCAAUGACCGUGGCCACCAGGAUCAUUAAGGAAAAGCCCCUGGACAUGGCCCUGGACUCCUUCGAUGACCAGUACCAGGGCUGUGGCCCUGCCAUGAAGGAGGCAUUGCCAGCCUUGCACCGCUCCGAGUUCCAGAAGAAUCCUCGCUUCGCCAAGUACUGGUCUGCGGCCGUGGCAGAGUGGCAGAAAUUGGGGUCCCCUGUGUCUCCUCUGUCAUCCUCAGACCAGGCCAUCGCCAUCAGGGCCUACACCUCGAUUCUCCUGCACGUGUACUUCAACGACAAAGUGAGAGUGGCCGGGCACUCCCCCCAGGAAUACCGGGACAAUUUCCACUUCAAAACUCUGCAUUUCCUGCUGACCGAUGCCCUGGCCACGCUGAGGGCUGCUCAGGGGCAGCAAUGUCACUUGGCGUUCCUGGGUGAGCACUUCAUACGGUACAAGGCAAAGCCUGGGGACAUCGUCCGCUUCGGUGAAUUCGCGUUGGCAUCGCGCUGCAAUAGCAGCUUCCACACGUUGAGGACCCCCACGGUAUUCAAGGUGCAGACGUGUCACAGCGCGGACAUCAAUGCAUUCACUGGAAAUUUCUACAUGGAUGAGGUGGUGAUCCCACCCUUUGAGAAGUUCAAGGUCACCAAAGUCAUUGAAGAUGUGGAGAAGGUGGAGAUCCACCUCAACUCCUUCGGGACCUACAGCAAAUACAACUGCGAGUGGCUGACAGGUGGGAGCAUCCCCAGGACCCCCUUUCACAUUGGAGGACUCCUCCUGGCCACCACAACCCUGGUAGCAGCCACCGGGAUCCUCUGAGCCAUGAAGACACCAAGGUCACCAGGGUCACUGUGGCCACCAUGAUCACCAAGACCACCAGGACUGCCAGAGUAACGAGGUCAUCAAUGCCACUGCAGCCACUACAGCCACUCUGGCCACCAUGGUCACUGUAAGGACCAAGGCCACUGUGACCACCAUGGUCACCGAGACUCCCUGAGCCACAAGACUGCCACGGCCACU